AUGAUGCCGCCGUCAGCGCACCUUCACCGCCUUCCGGAAAUCACCCCCGCGUCCCCUAGUAGUACUACCUCCGCCUCCGCCGCUCCCUCCGCCUCCGCCGCUCCCUCCGCCUCCGCCGCUCCCUCCGUCCCCGCCGCUCUCUCCGCUUCCGCCGCGACCAGCAGCGCCCCCAAGCUGCCCUCCGCGCUCCCCGCUUUCCUCCGCACAGGGCGCAGGGAGGGCGCGGCAGGCGGGGGAAGAGGGGACGGGACGCGGAGAGGGCUGGGGGAUGAGGGGGAGUGGGCGGGCGGAGGGCACGCAAGGGCAGGGGGAGGGAUGAGUGUGGAUAGUAAGGGGCUCCAAUGGAGGGAUGAGGUGGAUAAAGGGGAUGAGGGGGGUAAAGGGGACGAGGGGGGUAGCCGGAUGGGGGGAGAAGGCAUGGUGGUGGUGGACGUGGGCGGCGAGGGAGAGGGUCAUGGGGAGCAAGAAGAGCUCAGAUACAUCCAGCGUAGUUCCAACCAACCGCACCGCGCCACGUGGCUGUUCCAUGACGUCAUCACCGCCCUGCGAUCCUCCGCCGUGUUCCAACUGCCAGCACUCACCCACAGCAGCAACGAUCACGAUUCCCCAUUACCAGUCCCUCAGAUACCACCUCCCCCAGGCGCCACCUGCGUGGGCGGGUGUGGCAUCAGCAACCAGGCAGCGCUCUCCAUCCUCCCCUGCGCGCUGCAUUCCCUGCUGCACUGCGUGGCCGUGGGGCAGCUGCUCGCUCUGCUCACCCGCCACGCCUUCUCCCCCCGCCACGCCCUCCUCUCCACCGCCCUCGCUGAGGCCCUCUUCGCUCUGCUCUCCGCCCUGCCUGCCACCGCCCCCGCGCCCAGCCCCCUGGGGGCAGCGCUGAUGGGCGGGCUGUGGCGGGUGAGUGGCGCGCUGGGGGUGCCGUUCCUGCCCUGGCUGGGGUGGGUGGGGCUCUGGGCGGCUGUCUUCCUGCUGCUGGCAGCAGGGGGGAAUGCGUGCCGAGCUGCGGACCAGUGGGGUGCUGCCACGUGGCGGGUGGAAGGUGUGGUGACGAGCGGGGUUCUGUUUGUGGGUGCGGUGCAGAUGGGUGCAGAGGGUUUCAGGCAGGCGGCAGGGGUGGUGGGAGGGGAGGCAGUGGCGUUUGCGACGGUGUGUGUGGCGGCGGCUGGGGUCAUCAUUGCACUGUGGCUUAGCAGAGCUGCCACGUGGCAUGUUCUGAGUGGCUACAUCCGUGGUUCGCUUGCCCACUAUGCUCUCAUACUGGCCUUCCUCGCCUCUGCAGGCACGUACUCCCUCACUUACGACAUGCAGGGCAUGCAGGGGAUGGAGGGUAUGGAGGUGCUCCUGGCGGUGCCCCCCUUCCUCCAUCUCCCUCCGCUGCUCUCCUACCAGCUGCCUCUGCAGGUCGCCCCGCCCCUCAUCCCGCCCAUCCCAUGGGGCGCCCACCUGGGGGGCGUGUCAGUGGGGGCGGCACUGGCAGCGGCACUGCCGGGAGCGCUGCUGGCGGCGCUGCUCUUCCACUCGCACAACACAGCAGCGCUGCAGCAUGAGCACUGUUCGUUGGUCGCUGUUGCGUUGGUCACUUUCACCCCUCCUCUUUCCCCCAUCCCUGCUAUUCCUUUUCCUUCACCCAUUUUCCCUUCCAUUUUCCUCAUUCCAUUCAUUCUCUCCUUCCCUAGCUCUAUGCCCCAUACUCAUCUCUCUAUUUCCCCCUACCUUUCCUUACCCCUUCCGCCCACCCCUCCCUUUCCGGCUACCGCCCAUAACCGCACCCCACACUCCCCAACACCUCAGGCGCAGCUGCAUACUGCUGCGGGGUGCGGGCGGCGAGUGGAGGGGCGAGAGGGAGCAGGAUGUGCGAGGAGGAAGCAGAGGGGAAGAGGGUUGAAGGGGUGGAGAGGCAGGGGGGAAGACGAGGAGAGGGCAGGGGACGUGGAGUGGGGUAUGGGCAGGGAGGAAAUCGAAGGUGGCGUUGGAGUAGGGUUUGGCGAGGGUAGAGGAGGGCGGGAAGACUCGGCGGGGAAUAUUGAGGGGGUAGGGGAUGGUGGAGGUAUAGGGGAGGAAGAGAAGAAUGAAGAGGAGUGGAGGAUGGAUGCAGGAGAUGGGGGUGCGGGGACUGUGGGAAUGGCAGGGAAGUGUGAGGGAGGGUGUGAGAGAGUGAGUGUGAGGGAGUGGGACCUGUGUGUGACUGCCAUAGUGGUGGCUCUCUGUCUCCUGCUGGGCCUCCCUCCUCCUGUUCGCAUUCCGUAUCUGAGCACCAUCCGCCUCUCAUACCUGCUCAAGCAUGCACCCGCCACACCUGCCACUGUCACCACCGCCAUUCAACGCCGCACCGUCGGCCCUCAUGUAGCCCGGCCACGCAAGCACUCCUCCCGCGCCACCACCAUGAGGCCCGAAACCGACUCCAUGCUGCUGCCUCUCGUGCCACUCAUGCCACUCGCUGCUGGCAGCCAGGGGAACUCGUCCGUGCCAGGCACUCAUUACAACCCCCCUGCCCCCCUGGCGGCGCUGGUGUGUGAGUGGCGCACCGUGGGGGUGCUGCUGGCGGCUGUGCUGGCCCUGCUCGCCCUGCCCUCCACGCCUGCUCGCCUCCUCACCCUCGUGCCCGUCGCCCCUCUCAUCGGCACGUGCAUGGCGGUAGGGGGAGUAGCGGAGCGCGUGAGCAGGGGGGGAGAAAUGCGGAGAGGCAGCUGGAAUGGAGAAGAGGGGAGUGAGUUGGAGGGGAGUGGGGUGGGUGGUGAAGGGGAGGAGGGGAGAAGGGGUGUGAAGCGACGCGCAGUGGGUGGGGGGCAAGAGUGGCUGACAUCAGCAUGGCAUGACAUCUCGUCGGACGACUCAUGCUCUCCUCUGAACCCCUCUGUGCACCACUCCACACCUCCUCUGAACCCCUCUGUGCACCACUCCACACCUCCUCUGAACCCCUCUGUGCACCACUCCGCACCUCCUCUGAACCCCUCUGUGCACCACUCCGCACCUCCUCUGCAAUACUCAGCACCCCCUGUACGCCACUCCACGCUCCCUCUGUACCUCUCAGCACCUCCUGUGAACAGGCAGCCUGCAGCCAGGCAGUGGCAGCAAGGCAGCGGUGGGCUGGCAGACAGCCGGACAGGUUCUCAAGCGCAAGGCUGGGCGCAGCACGAGAGUGAGGGAGACGAGGAGGGAAAGGAGGAGGGGCGGGAUGGAAGGGAGGAAGGGGAACAGGAGGGAGGGGAGGAAGAUGAGAGGAGAUUGGAAGAGGAAAUAAAGGAAGAGAAGAGAAGGUCAAUUCCAGGUGCCCCUGCGGCUGUCCUGUCCUCCUCCCGUGCGCCUGUCGCCCUGCCAUCCAUCGCCCAUGUGACAGUGCACAGCAACGCUCUCUUCUCCCCCGCCUCCAUCAUCGCCACUCUUGCCGGUGGCUCUGCAGGGCGAGAGACGGAUGUGUGUGAUGGUGCCGGUGGUCCUUCGACUGUGACGUGGACGAGUGAGAGUGGUGGUGGUUCGCAUAGAGGGAGUGAGGGAGUGACGAGUGAGGGAGCGGUGGGAGGAGGUAUGGUGGACAUUGGAGCUCGGUUCAGAGGGAUGCUGAAGAGUGGUGUGGGGAUGGAAUGCAUGAUGACUAGUGAGGCGAGUGGGGAGGAGGAGGAGGAGGAGGAGGAGGAGGAGGAGGAGGAGGAGGAGGAGGAGGAGGAGGAGGAGGAGGAGGAGGAGGAGGAGGAGGAGGAGGAGGGGGGGGGGGGGAGGAGGAGGAGGGGGGGGAAGAGGAGGAGGAGAGAGGGGAGCAGGGCGAGGAGGAAUGGGGAGAUUCGGAGAGUCCGAAUCGGGGAGGAGGCAGACGUGAGUGGAGCAGAGGAGGCAGCAGGUGCAGCGGUCAAUGGGGGAAGCGAGGUGGUGGAUGAGGAGGGGAGUGAGGAGGGCGGGAUGGAAGGGGCGCAGGAGGCAGCAGUGGCAUGGGGGAUGGCGCAGAUGGGGGGAGCCGGUGGGGGAAGCGUGGUCUAUGGGGCAGAGGGAAGACAGUGGGACGAGGAGGGACGAGUGGGGAGAGGGGAGGAGGCGGAGAGGGUGAGAGCGGGAGUGGAGGAGGUGGCAAGCAUCAUCGGGCGCAUGUCGGCUGGCGUGAUGUCCGUGGAUGCCGGCAAUGCUGCUGCCACUCAUGUCACCGCUGCUGCUACAGGCAGUGCGAUGGGCGCACAGGGUGAAGAUGGGGUUGUGGGAGAACAGGUGGCAGCGGCAGUGGCGGCAAGGAACGAGAGAGAGGGGUUGAGUGUGGGGGGUGCAGGGAGCACAGGGCAGCAGUCUCUGGGAGCAGCAGCAGCCGCCGCAGCGGCAGCAGUAGGAGGAUCACAGGCAUGGUCAGGGGAGGGUGUGCAGAACAACACAGUGGGAGGUGGAAGCAUCGGGCAGUCAGGGCCAGCUAUGGGUGUGGGUGCACUCCCAUAUGCUAUGCCCUCUGCUGCACCGUCUGCUCCCAAUCCUCUUCCUUCCUCACCUACUCCUGCUACUCCACCUGUUCAACCAGUACCCGCACAUGCCCCACAUGCCCCACAUGCCCCGUAUGCCCGUAGCACACUUGCACCCAUAAGCCCCGUGCUGGCAGCCCAGCAGGCGCAACCCCCCAUGAACCCGCCACACGCAUGGCAGCUGCCAGUGCCCCUCCACCCCACCACCACCACCCCUCUCGGCAACGCAAAGGGCCUUGCCAGGCCGCCACCUGUGCCCCUGCUGCAGCGUGCACAGACAGGAAAGCGAGGCGUGGAGGAGGGCCAGGGGCGGGGCAGCAGGCACGCGGAGGCGGCCCACCCGUCACUCAUGUUCCUGGCUCGCCGCGCUGCCACCGCCGCCCAUGCCCCGUGA